AUGACUGCGGAAAGCAUGUCUCCUAUUAGGGAGGACUACAUCCGUCAGCUCACCCCUUACACCGCCUUCCUCGCCGCCCUCCACGCCGCCGGCUGCCCUGCCGCAGCCUUCGACCUCGUCCAUUUCUCCGACCUCAUCCACAUCGGCCGCCUCCCGGGCAAAACCGGCGCCCGGACCGUGACCCACCCGUCCUUCGCCGCCCCCUUCGUCUUCAAGGGCGUCAACUUUGACGUCGCCCGGCACGACUUCCGCGAGCACGUCGAGAAGACCCUCCUCCACGAGAUCCGCACCCUCUGCACGCUGCCGCCACACCCAAACAUCAUGCCGCGCCCGCAGAUCCUCGUCAUCGUCCCCGACGGGGACGCAGACCGCAUCUGCGGCUUCCUGCAGCCCGUCAUGGCGCGCGCCAGCGUCGACGAGCAGGUCCUCCGCGCCAACAAGGCCAACACCCGCCUCCCGCUCGGGCUGCGCGCCAAGUGGUGCUACCAGAUGGCCCUCGCGAUCCAGCACACGCACCAGGUCGCGGGGACCUACCACAUGGACCUGAAGCCGGGCAACAUGCUCGUCGACGGCGACGACAACGUGCGGCUGAUCGACUGGGAGCAGAGCGGUGUGUCCAUGUUCACGCACCCGCCCGAGGUGGCCAUCGACCAGGAAGCCGAGGAGUCCGCCGUCCUCAAGAACACCACCAAGAACAAGCCGCGCAUCAUCUACACGCCGCACGAGGGCGCCCCGCGCAAGAACCAGAAGUGGGGGUUCCCGGACUGGAACGUGUUCCCCGAGUGGAAGCGGACGUGCCCGCGCGCGGCGGAGCUCGCGGAGGUGUUCAGCCUGGGGCGGACGAUGUGGAUGCUGCUGGAGCAGGUGGAGCAGUCGCCGGACGCGGCGGUGUGGACGGAGGCGUCCAAGGACGUGCCGGCGGCUUGGAAGGCGAUGGUGAUGCGCUGCAUCGAGCGGGACCCGAACGACCGGCCGGAGCUAGACGAGGUUGUGGCGUUUUGGGAGAAGCAGGUUUUUCAUGAUUUGGACUAG